GGAAGAAGAAAUAAAAACAACAACAGCAGCAGCAGGAGCGGCAGCGGAGGCUCCGCUCGGCGUCGAUAAUAUCUUGAGAAAAAAGUGCAGAGCUACUUACGGUUUUACUGCUCGGUGACUCUGAGUCCUGACAGCCCGUGUGGACGUAGCUGAGCCGGUGAGGUUGACAUUUAACGACAAACAUGUCGGUGUUGGAAAGGUUGUUCGGGUCCCGGUCGAAGGGUGGGAAAGCGCCGACACCCCAGGAGGCGAUCCAGCGGCUCCGGGAGACCGAGGAAAUGUUGGCGAAAAAACAAGACUUUCUGGAGAAGAAGAUCGAACAGGAGCUCAUCACGGCGAAGAAAAACGGCACGAAAAACAAACGAGCGGCUCUGCAGGCGCUCAAGAGGAAGAAGCGCUACGAGAAGCAGCUGGCUCAGAUCGACGGGACGCUGUCCACCAUCGAGUUCCAGAGGGAGGCGCUGGAGAACGCCAACACCAACACCGAAGUGCUGAAGAACAUGGGCAUGGCGGCCAAGGCCAUGAAGGCGGCGCACGAAAACAUGGACAUCGACAAAGUGGACGACCUGAUGCAGGACAUCACAGAGCAGCAGGAACUGGCUCAGGAAAUCUCAGACGCCAUCUCCAAACCCAUCGGCUUCGGAGAAGAGUACGACGAGGACGAGCUCAUGGCUGAGCUUGAGGAGCUGGAGCAGGAAGAACUGGACAAGAACCUCCUGGAGAUUGGAGGAACAGAGGACGUCACUCUGCCCAGCGUACCGUCAACAUCACUACCAUCCAGACCAGCCAAGAAGGAGGAAGAAGAGGAUGACGACAUGGCGGACCUCCAGGCUUGGGCUAGCUAAGCUAGCCUGCCCUGCUGGCUAGCUAGCGCCCCCUCCUGUCUGUCUCUCUGUUGGCUCGCGGGCCGCCAGACUCCUGGACGGGAGACAGAGACUCUGGGCUGCUCAGCUGGCCGGCCCGCCGCUGUGUCUUUCUAUGCCUUCGUCCCAACAUAUAACCAUCCCCAAAUCCUAAAGUAUGCACUUGUUCACUGCCUCAAAAGAAAAAAAGGAAUAAAAAAUCAGAGUAUCGGACUGGGCUUUUUGCUGGGUUAUGAUUAAUAUCUGAAUUGUGAUCUGUUGGCUAAAUGUACGCUUUGCCCUGACUGUGCACAGAGCCACUGUCAGCCCUACAGCCUGUACUUACAUACAUCAGAGUGCUGUACGGGGGGAGUGUGUGCACACACACUCGGGGCAGGAGAGUUCAAGUGCAUAUUGUAGGACAGAGGGUGUGGAGGAACGGUACGCAGCCAACGUCACCUGGGAGGAGUGGGAGGAGUCAGUACAUCCAUAGGAAAAACAACGAGAGAGACCACAACACGACCCGGCCAUUUUUCUGCUUCCUGUGAUGUCAUCUCUCCGCGCCCCUCAAACUGAGAACCCUUCAGUACGCUAACCGUCUCUGGAAAACCUCAACAACAACAACAACAGCUAAAGACUAUAGAAAAAAACCAUGUAGGACUUUCUCACUGAGGCGUCGCUGUCGGUAAGAAAACCCAUCAGGAAAAAUCAGUCAGCAAGCACAGACAUUGGUUUAGGAGCCCAAAGACUCAUUCAGUAAAGUAACUGGGAGUAAUGUUCACACACAGCGUGACACUGUGGCCACCAGCUGCCAGGCUGUGGCUGUCAGAUGUCAGAUGUCAAGUUCACAGCUAAAAAACAGCAAAGAGAUGAGCCACACGUGUUAAAAUCUGUUGAAACUGACGAGCCGCAUGUUUUGAAAGGCGCUCGCUUCUUCCAACAUGGCCGCCGGAGGCUGCAUUACGUCACUUUAAAGACCUGCACUGCUGCAUUUGACCAGGCGGCCACGGCUGCAGUCUGACAGUGAUCUGCACUGAGAAAGUCCUACAUGGUGAAUUUGGAAAUGUGUGUGUGUGUGUGUGUGUGUGUUUCAGCUCUUUGACCCGGUGACCUCGUCUGAAUGUUUAGUCUCUAAGUCCUGAGGCUGCGAGCUCAAGCCGACUUUUUCUUUUUUUUGGGUGUUUUGGGGGAAUUUCUCGCUCAGCUCUUAUGUCAUGUGAUAUGAACUUAAAGCAAAAGUGAACAUUGUAGUAGUGUGUGUGUGUGUGUGUGUGUGUGUGUUGUCCAGCUCCCUGGGUGUGUUACGAGUCCACAUGGUAGACAGCAACACUGGAUUUGUUUGUCUCCAUUCACAUCCGCAGCAGCACAGCUCCCAAAAUAACACAGAAGCCAACACCAACAAAGAGGAUCAGGACGAUAUAAACAAAAACAAAUCCCGGUACCCUUUUUUUUUUUUUUUUUUUAUUUGUGUAUGUGUAUGAAUAAUCACAAUCAUCUCUGAAAGCACUAGAGGACUCCCUAAAAACUCGUAUUUCAUGCAUCACUGUGUGCCUGAUGUUUGUGUUUGGCUGUUUCGUCGCUUUUUGGAUAAACGAGCAAAACCAUACCCUAAAAACAUAUCGACCUGAGUCAAGGCGCCCAUUUUUUUCUUUUGAUUUGAACUGGAAAGUCGAUCCAGCAGGUGGGGUCUGCAGGGAACUCGAUAGCCACAAAUAAUUUUAAUCACACACAAAAAAAAUAAGGGUACCAGCAACGGUUAUAGCACAAGCCCACCAUGUGGAGUCGUACAGCAGCCAGGGAGCUCCUCAGACCUCCACUGACAGGAGGCCUGAGGCAGACGGCUGCCAGGGCCUGGUUAUGGAUUUAUUUCAGCCUCUGUGUUAAAAAAUAAUAAUAAUAAUGAUAAUGAUAAUAAUAAUGACACGAGCCAACAAGCUCGGCUUCAGCUCACCGUCUUGGUGCUGCAGGAUGAUCAGUGAUGGAUCGGGGUCGGUUCACAAUCAAACAGCGAGUUGAGAGUGCGGUUUUGAAAACAUCCUGUGUGUGUGUGUGUGUGUGUGGUGACCGAACGAGAGUGGCGCUUAACUCUGAAUCAUUUGCUCAUUUUUUUUUGUGAUGCAAGAUCGAGUCGUGUGUCGACCCCUGUCCCGGCGUCCAGAAGACGAGAGGCUUCCACAUGCCAACGAAAUGUCUUGUUGCUCUGUUUUGUACCUUUGGAUAUCGCUCAUCUUCUGUCUGGCUGCACACACAGACAGCCGCCGGUCGCCAGGUCUGCUCAGAGGCGGGACUUUGGAGUUUUCCGUGUGGCGGCCAUGUUGGUGCCACAUCCUUACUCCAUGACUGUUGCUAAUUUGAGAUUCUAUGAAAUUGAGCUUAAUAAAGUUGGGAAUCAAUGCAA